AUGAAAGCAUUUACUAACGGCGGUCAAGAUCCUACUACGAAUAAGAUAAAAAACGAAGAGUUUAAAGUUUGGAAGAAGACCAUUCCAUCUUUAUAUCAGUAUAUCAAUUCUUUGAAGCCAAAUUUUUCGUCCUCUGCUGAUAGCAAAGAAGGAGAAGCUAGUUGUAGUGUUGUGUUUACACAUGAUAUCUUCGCGAAUAGAGAGAAGGGCAUACUAAGGGCAUCAGUUCUAGUCUCUCGGGGUAGUAAUAUAUAUGAGGUUGAGUUUCCGUCACCCUUAGGAUUACAUGUUGAGGAACAAGAGAAUGGUGGGGCUAAAGAGUUGGUGGAUCCAGUUUUUGAAGGCAGUAUGUUGACUGAAGACAUCAUUCAGCCAACAUGGACUUUUGAUGGCGAAAAUAUUGAAAAUAUGUUUUAUAUUGGGAAACAAGAUAUGACUGUGAUUGCCAUUUCCAGCAUUGGCUCUUUGGCAUGGUUCAAGAACGGUACGUUAACACCGGUACGUGUACUUACAGAAGAGGUUGCUGAAUCAUUUAGAGACAACAAGGCAUUGUCGCAUAAGGAUAUGAUUUCUGUAGAUUUUGCAAUGUCUACUGAUCAGAAAGUAAUAGUCAAAUCGCAAAGUGUAAUGGUUGACAAUAAGAAGCAAAGUUUAUUGAAAAUCAUCGACAACGCAGACAAGCUCGGAAAUGUCACGCAUACUAUUCCUAUACCAGGUACAUCUGUUACCCCCGUGGUUAAGUUUCAGAGCGCUCAUUUGUUCAGCACCUGCUCAGAUGACAAUGUAUUGAGAUUUUGGGAUGUUAGGAAACCUGCUAAGCCCAUCUGGGAACUCAGGGAUACUGCAAAUGAAGACGGCAACCUGGUCUGUUUGGAUACCUCACCAGUUGUGGACUUACUGUUCGCCACUGGCUCGGAUAAUGGAGUUAUUAAACUAUGGGAUUUGAGAUCUGUGAUUGCUGCUUCACCCGACGAACAGCCUACAGAAAUUGCGCGCUUGUACCAUCCUGGCAAUGAUCCAGUCGCGGGAAUUUCCUUCUCCUUCAGCUCGCCAACAAUGUUCCUGACCGUAGGCAAGUCAGGUAACAUCUACCAUUGGGAUAUUGAGUACAUGCUGCAAGAUUCACACAGCGACGACAGUGAUGAGGCUAUGGCCGACCCAGAAGAACUACAACAACAGUGUCUGAAGUUUCUCCAUACUGGUGGCGGUAGAAGAUCGUUGAGAACCGCUCCCAAGAGAUCUACCGUUGCAUGGCAUGAGAAAAUCGCCGAUAUUGUCACCUGUGUCGAUUCAGAUACCUUGAUAACCAUCUAUAAACCAUACUUCGGCAGAACCGAUGAUAGCGGGGACGAAGAUCCUGAGUACACAUGA